UUGUGAAAUCUAUAUAAGAAAACAGUAACUUAUUUGAACGAAAUCCUUCAAAGAAAUGAUUGUUGAAUUAUAUGCUGCAAUGCAAGAAGCUUGUCGUGUGUGGUGUGGCUGAUUAUGUAAGUCGUUAAUGUCACAUUUACACUACAGACAAUUUCUUAGACUCGAGAAUCUUUUGGAUUAUUUAGAGACUAAUGUUUCUUGGAAGCAACUCCAAAUUUAAUGGACUUUGCGAGCAUGUGACGUGAUCAGCUUGUUACUAUUGUCUUGUACCUUGCUUCAUCAUGGAAAAGUUAAUUCAUUCCCCCUGGUUUAAAAAUAUGCUGUGUCGCUAAAUAUUUACAGUGGAAGUUGGCACUUUCAAGUUGUGAAUUAAAAUCUUGAAAAUGAUCGAGCCCAUGCAAUGCACAGGAUAUCUAAUGAGGUUGCUUGCUCUUUAUCACAUCAUUUCUUUUAUCAGUUUCUCUAGGGCUGAAGCUAGAAUCCGCCACUACAAAUGGGAGGUCAACUAUGGGUUCCAGUCUCCUGAUCGCUACAAGAAGCUGGCUAUCACCAUUAAUGGAAGAACUCCAGGACCAAAAAUCUUAGCACAGCAAGGUGAUACAAUUGUAGUUGAGCUUAAAAAUAAUCUUUUCACUGAGAAUGUAGCUAUUCACUGGCAUGGAAUCCGUCAGAUUGGAACACCAUGGAGUGAUGGAGCUGGAGGAGUGACCCAAUGCCCCAUUCAACCAGGAGAAAGCUUCAUCUACAAAUUUGUUGUGGAUAGGGCUGGAACAUAUAUAUAUCAUGGGCAUUAUGGAAUGCAAAGAGAAGCCGGCUUAUAUGGAUCAAUCAUCGUAUCGCUUCCUAAUGGAGUUUCUGAACCCUUUUCCUAUGACUCUGAUCGAACUAUACUCUUAAAUGACUGGUUCCAUAAGGGCACUGAUGAACAAGUCAUUGGCCUAUCUUCCAUACCCUUUGUGUUUGUGGGAGAGCCGCAGUCACUUCUUAUAAAUGGAAGAGGAAAAUACAACUGCUCUCUCCUCAAUACUCCAAGCUCUGAACCUGGACUCUGUAAUGCAACAAAUCCUGAAUGCUCUCCUUAUGUACUAACUGUUGUUCCUGGAAAAAUAUACCGAUUGAGGCUCGGUAGCCUAACUGCCCUCUCUGCUCUUAGCUUUGAAAUUGAGGAUCAUGAAAUGACUGUUGUGGAGGCUGAUGGGAGCUAUGUGGAACCAUUUGUGACAAGAAACCUCUACAUCUAUUCUGGUGAGACCUACUCAGUUUUAGUCAAAGCUAAACAGAACUCUUCAAGAAACUAUUGGAUCAGUGCAAAUGUAGUUAGUCGGAAACCUUCAACACCAACUGGUUUAGCCAUUUUCAAUUACUACCCAAAUCAUCCUCAAAAACCCCCUAAAACUCUUCCACCUGCAGGACCUCUUUGGAAUGACACCAAAUCUAGAUUGGCUCAAAGUCUUGCCUUUAAGGCUCGCCAAGGCUUCAUUAACACUCCUCCCCUCAGUUCAGAUAGAGUAAUUGUCCUUCUCAAUACACAAAACAAGAUUGAUGGUUAUUACAAAUGGUCCUUAAACAAUCUCUCUUUUACUUAUCCAACUACCCCGUAUCUUAUCGCACUCAAAAACAACUUAACUGAUGCGUUUGAUCGACGCCCACCUCCUGACAGAUAUGAUUUUGCAAAUUAUGACAUAUACAGUGUAGCCAAAAAUGUUAAUGCUACUUACAGCAACCGCAUAUAUAGGCUGAAGUUCAAUUCAACAGUAGAUAUUAUAUUGCAGAAUGCUAAUACCAUGACUCUGAACCACAGCGAAACACAUCCAUGGCAUCUUCAUGGGCAUGAGUUUUGGGUGUUGGGUUAUGGGUUAGGCAAAUAUAAUAUGUCAAGUGAUUGGAGAAAGUACAAUCUCUUUAAUCCAAUCAUGAAGAACACAGUGCCUCUGCAUCCUUAUGGAUGGACAGCUUUAAGGUUUAGAGCAGAUAAUCCAGGCGUCUGGGCUUUUCAUUGUCAUAUUGAGUCCCAUUUUUAUAUGGGUAUGACAGUUGUGUUUGAAGAAGGGAUAGACAAGGUGGGCAAAUUGCCUUCGUCUAUUAUGGGUUGCGGUGAAACCCGCAACCCAUAUAUAUAGUAUUUUUUUUAACAAGACAUGCACAAACUGUAAUCUUUAUAUUUAUAUAAAGAACAAAGAUCAAAUAGUUAAUUACUUCUUUAAUUGAGGUGUUUUAUUAUUGCAAGCAAA